AUGGCCAGUGCAGAUGAUUACAUUAGCGAUUUUGAAGAUGAUGAACUGGACAAAUUGUAUGAAAAGGCUAUCAAUAAAACCGUCAAAGAAACGAUAACGAGACGCGCCGUACCAGUUCAAAGAGAUCUUCAUAACAAUGUUUUACCGAGGCAGAAAACUGUGUACGAAGAAAUUCAAAGAGAUGUCAGUUUUGGGUCUACGCAUCAUGAGCUGGAUUAUGAUGCUUUAUCAUUUUACGUGUACCCUACAAAUUACGAGGUAAGAGAUUAUCAGUAUACUAUUGUUUAUAAAUCUUUGUUUCAAAACAUAUUAUGCGCCAUUCCUACAGGUAUGGGUAAGACAUUCAUAGCCAGUACUGUAAUGCUAAAUUACUUUCGUUGGACCAAAAAAGCAAAAAUUAUUUUUACUGCUCCAACAAGACCUUUGGUGGCUCAGCAAAUUAAGGCUUGUUUGGGUAUAACAGGAAUACCUUCGGACCAAACUGCUAUCUUACUAGACAAAAGUAGAAAAAAUAGAGAAGAAAUUUGGGCUAAUAAGAGAGUUUUCUUUGCCACACCACAAGUGGUGGAAAAUGACUUGAAGAGAGGCGUGCUGGACCCUAAGGAUAUUGUUUGUCUUGUCAUUGACGAGGCUCAUAGGGCCACUGGUUCCUACGCGUAUACAAAUGUGGUAAAAUUCAUAGACAGAUUUAAUUCGUCAUACAGAUUAUUAGCAUUGACUGCUACACCAGCUUCUGAUCUAGAAGGUGUUCAAGAAGUGGUCAAUAAUUUGGAUAUCUCAAAGAUUGAAAUCAGAACCGAAGAAAGUAUGGAUAUUGUCAAGUAUAUGAAGAAAAGAAUAAAGGAAAAAAUCGAAGUACCUCUUUUGCUAGAGAUUGAGGAUAUAAUUGAACAAUUGGGUAUAGCUAUCAAGCCCGUACUGCAACAGGCAGUGGAACUGGGUAUAUAUGAAGAAUGUGACCCUUCACAAAUAAAUGCCUUCAAAGCCAUGCAACAAAGCCAAAAAAUAAUCGCGAACCCCACUAUACCUGAAGGAAUUAAGUGGAGAAAUUUUUUCAUUUUACAGCUACUGAAUAAUGUAGGGCAAAUGUUGAAAAGAUUAAAAAUUUACGGGAUAAGGACAUUUUUCAAUUACUUUCAGAAUAAAUGUACAGAAUUUACUACGAAAUACAAUCUCAAAAAAUCUACUAAUAAGAUUGCGGCUGAGUUUUACUACCACCCAAUUUUGAAGAAUAUCGGAAAGCAAUGUGAGCGCUAUUUGAGCGAUCCAAAGUUUGUGGGUCACGGGAAAUUACAGUGUGUCAAAGAUGAAUUAAUGGAUUUUUUUCAUGAUAGGGGUUCUGACUCGAGGGUUAUUAUUUUCACAGAACUAAGAGAAAGUGCACUUGAAAUUGUGAAGUUCAUAGACUCGAUAGCCGAUAAUAGAAUCAGGCCUCACAUUUUCAUUGGACAAGCUCGUGCAAAAGAAGGUUUUGAUGAAGUCAAAUAUACAAGAAAACAUGCGCCAAAGGGGAGGAAGAAGAUCGAAAGACUGAAAAGGCAAGAGGAAGAGGAACUUUUGGAAGCUGAACGAAAUAAGAGAGCGAAGACCGAUAAGUUUGAAAGAAUUGGCAGACGAACGGGAAGCUCUGAAGAGGCACAGAUUAGUGGAAUGAAUCAAAAAAUGCAAAAGGAAGUUAUCCAUAACUUCAAAAUAGGGGAAUAUAAUGUCCUAGUUUGUACAUCUAUUGGAGAAGAAGGUUUGGAUAUCGGGGAAGUUGAUUUGAUAAUUUGUUAUGAUACUACAAGUAGUCCAAUUAAAAAUAUUCAGCGUAUGGGUAGAACAGGUAGAAAACGGGACGGAAAAAUAGUACUGCUGUUUAGUGGUAAUGAAUCAUACAAAUUCGAGCGAGCUAUGGAAGAUUAUUCAACACUUCAAGCACUCAUAUCUAAACAAUGCAUUGACUACAAAAAAUCAGAUCGAAUAGUCCCUAAAGAUAUCAUUCCCGAGUGUCACAAGACCUUAAUUACGAUUGAUGAUGAAAACGAAGUAAUAAAUGAAAUGGAAGAUGUUGACGAGGUUAUUCGUUAUGCUACUCAGUGUAUGAUGGGUAAAAAAGUGAAAGCAAGAAAAACAGUAAUGAAAAAGAAAGCUCAGGAAAAAAGAAAGACCAAGAAAUUUUUCAUGCCUGAUAACGUUGAAACCAACAUUAUUAGUGCAAGCAGUUUGCUCAAUAAAUUCUUGGUAAAUGAGAAUGGCGGAAUAUUACCAAUAACAAAAAGUGAAAACUUUAGUAAAAAGCAGAAGGUUUUUAAAGCUUUGGAUAACUUAGAAAACGAUUCGACAGAAGAGGCUUCUUCUUCUUUAGAAACUGAGGAUGAGGAUAUCGGUGUUAACAAUCACGCUAUUACUCGAAAUGACCGAAGUGAACGUCAAAAAGAACUGCAAGUUGACGUUGACUUUGUUAAGGAAGAUCCUGCUCGAUCCAGACCACUUUCUAAUCAUGCUCAUCCCAAUAUGGCCAUAUUUGUGAAUGAUUUCAGUUUCCCAGCCAAGAGUGAGCACAAUGUGGAAGAUAUUCAAAAAAAUCAACAAGGUCUCAAAAAAGAAAAGGAAAGUUUUGUCGAAAAGAAUAAGCUUAGAUUGACUUCCAACGAAAAGGAUUCGUUUAGGCAACAUUAUAUACCAGAAAGCAUUUCUUUUGAUGUUAAGCCCAAUAUUAUACAACACACUAAAGGUGUAAAAGUUCCACAUUGCAAGAAGGUCUCAGAAGUCAUCUCAUUAUUUAAUGAUGAGAGGAAUGAUAAUAAGAAGAGAACAAUUGACAUGAACUAUAUCAAAUGUUUGGCGAAAAGCAUGUUACGGGAUACACAAGAUCUGUGGAAAUCUGGCGACAAAAAUCCGGUGGAUAAUAGUAUCAGUCAUGACUCAUCCCAGUCUUUAAUCUUGUCGAACGCAGAAUUAGAUGACAUACUAGGAUCAGAUUCAGAUUUUUGA